AUGGAGAUAGCAGUCCAGUCUCUCAGAAUUGCUCAUCAACACAACCUAGUUGGAGAAGACUAUUCUCAAGCCAUGCUGCUAGAAUUGGAAGGAUUGGAUGCAAGCAGGAUUGAUACCCUCAACAAACUCUUAGCAGGAACACAGGCUGUAUCAAGGGCCUACAACAAAAGAGUUAAAAACAAAACUGGUUAUGAAAAGUGGUCACCUACAUGGGAAGGUCCUUUCAUAAUUAAGCAGAUCCUUGGAAUGGGGGCAUACAUAUUACAGGAUCGAGAUGGAGAUGUCCAUGCUACACCAAUUAAUGGCAAAUGGUUAAAGAAGUUUUAUCCAACUAUGUGGGAUUCACAGGCUGUGCAGACAGAUCCUGGAUUAGAGAGACAGCAAGAUGAAACUAUUGUUUGA